AUGUCUCAAUUUGAACAUAUAUUUGCAUUAGAUCAAUAUUUAGCAUCUCAUUUACGCACAUUAUAUUAUGAAAUACGUCAUAGAGUAAGUGUUAUAUAUUUUUUACCGUAUAAAAAUGCAAGUAUGACAGUUAUGGCACGUCAAUUAAAUACAACAAUUGAUAUAUUUGAAGAUGAAUUUGUUCAUUUAAUUCGUUUAGGAAAACUUAAAGCACGCAUAAAUUCAAAAAAUAAAAUUUUAUAUGUUACUAAUACUGAUCAACGUUGGCAUCCAUAUCAACAUGCAUUAACAACAACAAAACAAUCUGAAAAAUUAACUCGAGCUCUUUUACUUCGUUCAGCUAUAAUUAAAGCAAAUUUAAGUGUUAAAGAUGAUUCAAUAUCAACAUCAAUUCGUCCAUCAAAUAAUAAUAAUGUUUCUCAUCGACAAUUUGCAUCGAAUGUUCCUGGUAAUAUAAUGAUGGAUGAAGAAGAUUUAUUAGAUGAAGGAACUAUGUAA